UUUUUUUCAGUAAAUUGUGAUUCUGCUGAGUUUCAGCCUGCGAGCCCCAGUACAGACCUGCAGGCUCUCGGUUUGGCCUCUCUGCCUCCCCCACCUGAACCCUCCUGUGUCUUCAAACCCGAUGAGGCUUCCUUUCAAGACGUGCUGACCCCAGAGCAGUCGCUGGAGCUGGGCCAGAGCUUCAUAGCCUCUGAGAUGUCGGAUUUAAGUGUCGCAUUGAACCAUGGGAUGCAAGAAAGACAACAUGAUGAAGAGGCAGAAAGGAUGAUUGAAAGAUCGGAGGCGAUGACUGAUCAAUCCUUCGCCUUCUCUGCUGCUCAAGACAACUCCUCCUCUUUUCCUUCAGCUCCUCUUCCUCCUCAGACAUCCUCCUCCUUCUCCUCGCUCCACGCCCCCGACUCCUCCGACACGUCCGAUCCUCAGAACUCCCUCAGCUACCCGCCCCUCCUCUCAUCCGGCCCCAACCACCCUAACACUCCCGCCCUGCAGCAGACCUCCUUCACCUUCCCAACUCCGCCCCUUACUGACUCCUCCUCCUCCUCCUCCCCACAGCCGCUCCUCUCAUCCUCCUCAACCCCCUCCUCCACCAAUUACCACAUCAUGGCGGGGGCCGUCAGCCCCCAGACUCCUGCCUCCUUCGCUGCCCCCCCUGCGUCAUGUCAGUCAAAUCUGCAGAUUUGUAAUGAUUCACAGCCUCACCAGCUCUAUCUGGGUGAAGCUGUUUUCCACGCCGAUAAUCCGUCCGGCGACCAAACAUCAACAGUUUUCACUUAUCCGAAUGCCCCGCCCACAAAUCCAGAUCCCCCCUCAGCUGUCUCUCAGCCCCUCCUCCACCAGCCUCCAUCUCUACCUUACUCCCACAACCCCGUCUCCUCCUGCUCUUACGCCUCCGUUCCCCCUCAAACUUAUCCCAGUUUGUCUCCAAGCCCCGCCCUUCACCUCCCCAACCUGACCCACCAACCAAACCCCCACACCUUCCCUCCCUGCUCUUUCACCCACUCGUCUUCCUCCCUUCCUCAUCCCUCCUUUCAGGCCGCCUCCCACUUUGUCAGAUCUUCUUCAUUUCAGCCGCCCGCCUGUGCUGCUGGAGCUUAUCCUCAAAGCCUGCCCCGCCCCCCUGCCACCAGCUCCUCCUCCACCUGCUCCUAUCCUCCAGGUGUCCUCCCUCACCCUCCUCCUUUGACGUAUCGCCCUGAAGUGGUGCUGCACCACCCAGCGUCCCUGUCCUCCCCCACGCCUCCAACGACCCUGUACCCCGCCUUCCCAUCAUACCCGCUGCGUCUGGACCCUCACCCCUCCCUGAGCCUCCCCUUCAGGCCGCUGUAUCGGUGAAGAGACUCCUCCACCGACUGAUGCCCAGAUCCACCAGAGAAUGUAUGACACAAAAAAACUAUUAAAUUAAAGAUUAUUUUUCAUAAAAUAAACUGACAAUAUAUAGAAGCAGCAAAAGCAAAUCUUUGAACUCUUUGAGGAAAGUGUGCAUGAAUACUUUAAUGAAAUGUAUGCUAAUUUGUAUAUAU